UAGUGACUUUGGGAGCGAUCGAUUGGCUGGGCAGACGAUCUUGUUCCCAUUCCUGUCGCCCUGAGAGCCCAGUUCAUGCUUAUGUUCGCCUGGACAGGAGGCAUGAAACCGGCGCUGAUCUUCCUGACCGCGGUGCUGGCUGUCGCUCAGGCCGCAGAAGAGUCCUGCGUGGACCGCUGCGACAAAGGCUUUGACGCAACCAUAAAGUGUCAGUGCGACAGCCUCUGCAAGUUCUACAGCAGCUGCUGCUCAGAUUACGAGGAGACGUGCCGUGGGAAGUCCAGGGGUGAUACCUUCGUGGGCCCUGAUGAGGAGAGCGAUGAGCAGAAUGUGACCGUCACCAAGGAGCCGGCCAUCACUCCCCUCAAUGAGCCAGACCCGGAUGCUGCCGCCUGCAGUGGCCGACCGUUUGACGCCUUCAUGCAGCUCAAGAAUGGAUCCAUCUAUGCAUUCAGGGGGGAGUACUUCUUUGAGCUAGAUGACACGGCAGUGAUGUCUGGGUACCCCAAGCUCAUCAAGGAUGUUUGGGGCAUCGAAGGCCCCAUAGAUGCCGCUUUCACCCGCAUCAAUUGUCAGGGCAAAACCUACAUUUUCAAGGGCAACAAGUACUGGCGGUUUGAUGGCGAUGUCCUGGAUGAGGAUUACCCCCGGGACAUCUCUGUUGGAUUCAGUAACAUUCCUGAUGAUGUAGAUGCCGCUUUUGCAGUUCCUUCUCCAGGGUACCGUCGCAAAGAGAAGGUCUACUUCUUCAAAGGUGGCCAAUACUAUCAAUACGAGUUCAAGAACCAGCCAUCCCACAAGGAGUGUGCGGAGAUGACCAAGGCCGGCCCAUCUGUUCUCUUCACCGACUUCGCCGACCUGUACUGUGACAAGUGGGAGGAGCUGCUCGGCAUGCUGUUCCAAGGCUACCAGGGACAUCAGCUUGGCCCCCGUUCAAUCAGUGAGGACUGGGUGGGCAUCCAGAGCCCUGUGGAUGCUGUGAUGAUGGGGCGAUUCUACCUAAGUGUUGCCCCCACCCAAGAGCUCUCGGCAACCUCCGUUGAAGCCCCAACUUUGGCCAAGGGACGGUUCACCAGGAGCAGCCGACGGAGGAGCAAGAAAGGCAGGAAGGGCCGGAGACAGCGCCUCCCAGUGCAGGACUAUGAUUUCGAUUACAGAUAUGGGAUGUGGGACACAGAUGACCUCGAGGUCGAGCAGACGCGCCAACCUGUGCAGAACGUUUACUUCUUCAAGGAAGAUAAAUAUUACAGAGUGAAUUUGAACACCAAAAGAGUGGACUAUGCGAACCCUCGCUACCCACGAUCCACUGCUAAAUACUGGCUGGGCUGCAAGGAAAAUUCCCAGGCAGAGAAGAGAUAAGCAGUUUACCCUGGAAAAAAUUACUUAAUUGCACAAACAAGACAAGUCAAACUCAAAUUGCUAUUUUAUAGCCGAGUAGAAAAUGAGAAUAUGAUAAUGAAAUGAGCAUGCAUGAGUAUAAUUUCCAUCUUCAAACUGUGUCCACCCGUAACAGUUUUUCUCAACAUCAUUACGUGACAUGAGUAAAUGUAAAUAAAGCAACACGAACUGUAAA